AUGUCCGCUUCGGGCAGCCGCGCUGGCAGCGGACGAAAAGACGCGUUCCACGAGGCGGUUGAGGAGAUGCUGGGGGAGAAGCGGGCAGGAGAAAAAGAUUCCGACGGGAGGCGUGGGGGGGCGGGUGGCGGGGGAAGCAACCCUAGCAGCGGAGAGUUCGAGAUCGGGGGAAGCAGGGGCGCGGCCGGAGGUGGAGUUUCCAGGUUGGGAGCCGGGGGAGGGGGAGCGGGUGGAGACCCCUUCCGCGGACUCGGCGGAAACAGGGUGCCGAUCGGGGGAAGCGUGGGGCGGCGGAGCGGAAUGGGGCUUCUGCGGAGCGGAUCCCUGCAGCCCCGCAACUCGCGCAAGAUCGCGCGCGACUCGUUCUUUGGCGCGCUAGAAGAGGUGGACGAGGAGAAAGGGGCGGGGAAGGGCGCAGGCGAGAGCGGGAGGGUUCCGCACUCGCUUUCCGCCGGUGGUCAACCGCCCAUGAGCCCUCUUAAAAGCUCCCUCGGCCAGGAAGGAAAACAGAGCUUCGACCUGUCUCAGUCCCACAGACGCGGCCAUUCCGUUUCGCUCCACGACUCCUCCAGCAGCGGCGGGGGCGGCGGAGUGCUAGAAAAGGGCGGCGGCGCGUUGGCGGGGCUCCCAGUUGUUCCUCUAACGGGGGGAGCGGCUGUAGCGGGCGUUCCUGGGGUGGGCGGCGUGGUACUUUCUGGAAAAUCAAGGCCGCUUUCCAGCCUUCGCAGAGCAUCGUCUCUCGUGCCUGUAGGGGCAAAGGAUAGGCCGGGGAGCUCGGGGGGGCUGAGAGGCGGGGGAGGCGGAGGCUUGGGGGGAGGCUUGGGGGGAGGCGGGGGGGGAAGAGGGCGCAGAGGGAGAGAGAGGGGUAUGGGGCACGGGAUGGGCACAGGGACGGAAGCAAGGAGAGGCUCAGGGAGGAGCAUAGGGAUGGGCAUAGGGAGGGGCAAAAUGAUGGGCAUAGGGAUGGGCACAGGGAGGGGCGCAGGGAGGGGCAUAGGGAAGGGCAUAGACCCACUCGUCCUCAUAGCAGCUGUAACUGCUCUGCUGAAUCUCUCUCUAGUUGCUGGGGCGCCUGCUAUUAUAGCGACAGUUGGGGGGAUUGCGGCUAUCACGGAUGUUCUUCGCUCGGGCAGCCCGGCUGCCCGGGAAAACGCGGCGGCUGCCCUUUUCGCGCUAUCGGUGGAUGAGGCGAAUCAGACGCUGGUUCGGAAAGCGGGAGCGAUCCUGCCAUUGGUCGGCGUGUUGCGCAUGGGCAGCACGCGCGGAAAGAAAGACGCGGCGUUGGUUCUUUUCAACCUAUCUAGAGACCCGCAGAGCCGGCUGGAAAUCGUCCGAGCAGAUGCGGUGAAAGUUUUGCUUGGGCUGCUGGGGUGCUCGGAAGUUGGGCUGGAAGAAAAAGCCAUGGCUGUGCUGGCGAACCUGUGCAGGCUUCAGGAGGGGUGUGAAGCGGUGCUGAGGAUAAACGGUGCGGUUCCGGCGUUGGUUGCAGUGGUGGAAGGCGGUUCACAGAGAGCGAAGGAAGAUGCGGUGAUGACUCUGCUUAUGCUGGCGAAUAGCGAGCCGGAUUGCUGCAGGGGCAUGCAGGGGGAGGGAAUGAUGGAGGUGUUGCACGAGUUGACUCGGAAUGGGUCUUCCAGAUGUAAGAGCAAGGCCAAGGCUUUAGUUGAGCUUCUUCAGAUGCAGGGGGAGGAGGAUUCUGAGUAA